AUGAGCAGUGCAACUUGGCGAAACUUUUUCACGUACAACAAAUAUGCCCAAAUCACCGCACGGGCUGUUCGACAGUCGUUGAAAGAGUCUGAGCGUGUCGUGGCUGAGAAGAGAGGUACGACCGCUCUAAAAUACCAACAAUGGGAAAAUGGUGUUGGUGGACCGCAGGUGCGCUCUUCAUACGUGUUCAAUCUUGACCGGCGCAUCUCUGAUGAUGUAUUGUUCCACACAGGUACUCCUGAACUCCGAGGAGGGCAAGAAAUAGAGAAAAGCGCUGCGGUCUAG